AUGUACGAUGCAGCACUGAGGUUCUCGCCGUCGCUUUAUUCUCUUCUCCUUCUCCUUGCCAUCUUCGCCUUCUCCUGUGAACAAGCUGACGAACUCCAUGUGAUCGGACUACGUGGUGAGAUGGAUGAUGCCGUGCAGCGAUUUGAGCGAUCUCUACAGGUCUUCGGAUACGCCCACACCCUCCUCGACCUCUCCAUCUAUGGCCGCACCACGCGCGAGGUCUCCUUCGAGCGCAAGGUGCAGGCACUUCACCAACUCAUGGAUGACAUCCCCUCCGAGCAUGUCCUCAUCCUCGACAGUCACUCCUCCAUCCUACUCAACACCCCUGCCGACCUUAUUAGGCAGAGUGAGAGGAUUGGCGCAGAUUUCAUCUUCGUCGAAACGGAUGCCAACUCUGGCAAGAAGCUGCCUUCAGGCGAUGCUAUAUUCACAGGCAUGAUGGCGCGUACGAAAAGCCUGAAAGAGCUGCUGGAGGACCUCUCAGAUGACUCAACUGAGGACCUUGUUGACAAAUUCGUCAGUGCUCUCCACUCCGCACUUUCUCGGGAUUCUGCCAAGGUUGCAAUAGAUGAAGAAUCCGCUCUCCUUCAAGUUGUCAACAAAGACUCUGGUGUAUAUCUAAAAGUGCGCUAUGAGAGUGAUCGGGGGUACGUGCAGAACGUGCGAAAGGACACCGUUCCACCCAUCCUCAUCGCCUCUCCUGAAGGCAAGCAUAAGUUGAACUCUCUCUCCAACUACCUCGUUCGCGCCUGGUCGCCUGAGACAGGAUGUCAGAUCUGUGAUGAGGAGAAGCUCGAUCUCUCCCGUUUGAGUCACCUUGACUAUCCCGUCAUCCAGCUGAGUGUGCUAGUAACGGAACCCACGCCGUUCCUUGAGGUCUUCUUUGAGGGCUUGACGAAUCUCACCUAUCCCAAGAACCGAAUAGACCUGGUUACAUAUUGUGCCGUGGAGAAGCAGAAAUCGGUUGUGAACGACUUUAUUGCCAGGACCUCACACGAAUACCACUCGAGCAGAGAGAUCCGACUGCCUCUGAGUGCACGACCCACCGAAGCGUUCCAAGAGGCUCUGUCCUACUGCUGGGAGAACAACGAAUGCAAAUACCUCUUUUACAUGGAGCCGACCACCCAGUUGCGCAAGGCAGACACAUUGGAGCACCUAAUAUCAACGAAGAGGAACGCCAUUGCGCCAAUGAUAACGCGUCCGGGCAAAUUCUGGUCCUCAUUUUGGGGUGCCCUUACCGAUGAGGGCGCCUAUGCACGCUCUGACGACUACUUCGACAUAGUCGAACGCCGUCAAACUGGACUUUGGAACGUGCCGCUGGUUGGCAGCUCAGUGCUCUUCUCGCGCUGGGCCGUGGGACAACUGCGGGAGGUGCUGGAGGAUAGUGGAUUCCUUCUCUACGAUAUUGCAAAUGCCGCUCUCCAACGGAACAUGUUCCUCUUCGUGGACAAUCGGAAGGACUUCGGCCACCUGGUAAACCCUGAGACGUACACCUUGGACCACUUGCACAACGACCUCUGGCAGAUCUUCGACAACCCUAUGGAUUGGGAGGAGCGCUACAUCCACCCGGAAUACUUCCGUUUCGCCAACACCUCUACCACCAUGGCUGACUUCGAGCAGCCCUGUCCAGACGUCUUCUGGGUGCCGCUGAUGUCGGAGACCUUCUGUCAACAGCUAAUCGAAGAGACGGAGUACUAUGGCAAGUGGUCCGAUGGCUCUAACUACGAUCCUCGCCUCGAAGGUGGCUACGAGAACGUGCCCACCGUUGAUAUCCACAUGAGACAGAUCGACUGGGAGGAGCACUGGAUGCACGUUCUCCAGAAAUACGUCUACCCCAUUCAGCUGAAACUGUGGGAGGGCUACUACGAUAAGCCAACUGCGAGGAUGAAUUUCGUUGUGCGCUACAAACAGGGCGAGCAGCCGUCGUUGCGCCUUCACCACGAUGCCUCCACUUACACCCUCGACAUGGCUCUCAACCGUGCCCAUAUCGACUAUACGGGCGGGGGCGUGCGGUACCCGCGCUACAACUGCACCCUAGUUGACACCCGUGUCGGAUGGCCCCUUGUCUUCCCUGGUCGACUUACUCACCUACAUGAGGGUAUGGAGACUACCAGCGGAGUGCGAUACAUCUUCGUCACUUUUGUCAACCCCUAA